AUGUCAGAGCCUCAACAAGAAACCAAGCCAGAUAUCAAGCCAGAGACACAUAUCAACCUUAAGGUGUCAGACGGUUCUUCAGAGAUUUUUUUUAAGAUUAAGCGUACAACACCCUUGAGACGUUUGAUGGAGGCGUUUGCAAAGAGACAGGGUAAGGAGAUGGAUUCUUUGAGAUUUCUAUACGAUGGUGUGCGUAUCCAAGCUGAUCAGACGCCUGACGAUCUCGACAUGGAAGACAAUGACAUCAUUGAGGCGCACAGAGAGCAAAUCGGUGGAUCCUCGAGCCUUUAG